AUGGCGGCCAAGACCAGAGUCGCCAUCGCAGGCGCGUCCGGAGUGACGGGCUCCUCUAUCGUCAACGCCCUCCUUGCAACCCCGAGAAAUUCGUACGUCGAAAUUCCUUUUCCCCUCGCCCGCCAAGCCUCCAUCAACAAACCUGCAUACGUCGCGUUCGCCAACCGCGGCGUCAUCAUCAAGCCCAUCGAACUCGACGGGCCGUCGGAUAUCCUCGUCCAAGCUCUCACCGGCAUGGACGUCGUCAUCUCCACCAUGACGUUGCUUCAACUCAAGGAAGAAACGGCGCUCAUUGAGGCCGCGCACAAGGCUCGCAUAGAAGGAGGACAUACUGGAUCACAUCAAAAGGCUCUACCUACCCUACACUGCCAUCGGCUUUGGCUGGUGGUAUCAACUCUCCCUGCCGUCCCUGCCAUCGGGACGACUCCGCGCCAAGGAGAAUAUUCGACGACGCAGAUCGUCGGCGACGGGAACACGCCCUGGGCCCUGACGGAUAACCGCGAUAUCGGAAAAUACGUCGCGAGAAUCAUUGUCGAUCCGAGGACGUUGAACAGGGCCGUUUUCGGGUACAGCAAAGUUUGGACGCAGACUGAGGUCUUUGAUCUUCUUGAGAAGGUGACGGGCGAGUCUGUCCCACGAGAAUAUGUGACCAAGGAGGAACUGCUCGAGAUCAUCUCAGAAGGCGAGGCGGAGAUUGCCAAGAACAACAUGGACCCAAGCGGCAUGUUGAAGCUUGGCAUGGCGCAGUAUCGAAAUUUGCUGGGUAUCAGAGGGGAUAACACCCCUCAGCAUGCCAAGUAUCUCGGAUACCUCGACGUCAAGGAGCUUUACCCAGACGUGGAAGCCACACCGCUCGAGAGCUAUAUCAAAGAUGCUUUCGAAGGCAAGGUGAAAACGGUCUACUCGUGA